UUAUUCAGAGGCAAAACAACUGAGCCUGAAUUCUCCGAGCUUACCGACAGCAACGUACAUAUAUCAAGCGCCGAAGCUACAAUGGCUCCAAACGUAUCAGGUCGAUUCAGUCAAGAUUAUUACGAGGAACCGAACACUGUCAGUCCCGAUGUGAUUCCAGCCGGGGAAAAAUCAAGAUUAGAACGUGAGAAUCGAUUGAAGUGUGUUCUUCUUGGCGAUGGUGCGGUUGGGAAAACAAGUCUAGUCGUCAGCUAUAGUACGAACGGCUACCCAACCGAAUAUGUCCCUACUGCUUUUGAUAAUUACUCAGUUCGUAUUGAGAUUGACGGCAAUGCUCUACGACUGCAAAUAUGCGAUACUGCGGGCCAGGACGAAUUCGACGGCAUGCGACCCCUCUGCUACCCUGGAACGGACGUUGUAUUAGUUUGUUUCAGCGUCGUUCGACCUACUUCCCUCUGCAACAUAAGAGACAAGUGGUUGCCCGAGAUAAAGAAGUACCUUCCAAAAGUUCCUGUUGUACUCGUAGGAACUCAAACAGAUUUAAGAACCAGUCUGGACGUUUUGGUCGACCUGGCACGCUACAGUGAGAGGCCUGUAACGACGGAAGAAGCAGGUGCAUUUGCCAAGCAAUGUGGUGCCUGUGGAUAUGUUGAAUGCUCUGCACUUACACAGAAGAACUUAAAACAAGUAUUCGACACUGCUAUACUAGAAGGCAUGGACUUUGCUGACCGUAGACAGAGGAAAAGCAAGCGUAAAAUGCGAAGCGAAUCGAAACGCAGCCACUCUGAAAAAACUACAACUCCAAGGACUUUAAAAUGUAAACCACGGGCUUGGCUGAGAAAAUACUGCUGCGCUGCGUGACUCACUGCCCGUACGUUCCAUAUCAAAGUUCUAGAGUGCGUUGUUCCAGCUCAAACAACAUUGUUACGUAAUAAACGUGGUCACAUGACGUAUGACGUCUUUGGCAAACAGUAGCUAUCGAUCCUGACAAACAGUUACGCGAUAAUGUUUCAUAUUUCUGCUUCUGU